AUGACCUUUGCUCCCGGCAAUGAUAUUGAAGAAGGGAGCAAUUUGAGUUUCGAAGAUGGCUGGAGAUUACCAUUUCUUCCAGCAGAAUCCCAACCUCGCGGACGGGGAGGGUUUGGACUGAUCACCAGGGAAGUGAUCGCUGCGAGACAUUAUUACCGCUCUGGGAAUUACCGCUAUGGGAAUAACGGUGGUUUCGAGACCGACGUCGAGGUUGCUCGCAAACGCUUCGAUUCCAAGCUGGAUUUCGAUCGAGAGAGAUUAAACCUUGAAAGAAUUCGGGAUAGCGUAGCCCAGCAUAAGCGCAUCGUUCUCCCUAUUGCGACGGUUACCAUCGGACACCAGUUCAACAUUCUUUUCCCCCUCGCGAGAAUGGACCUCAAGAAGUUCCUUGAGGGUGGACUAAUAUCCCCAGAGCAGUGCGACAUGAACGAGAUGAUAGACGAAGCGACACAUCUGGCAGAUGCGCUAGAUCACCUGCAUAACCGACUAGGCGUCUUCGUUCGGGGAUACCACAUGGAUCUGAAGCCCGCCAACAUCCUAGUUUAUGGGUAUCCUGAGCCCCAAAGACAGCAUGGCGUUGGGAAAUGGAUGAUCACCGACUUCGGUCUCUCAAUCAUCGAGCGCCUAGACUGUGGAGGUAGCACUGAUGGCCUUCGUAGGGAUCCUGACACGGAGACGAUGACCCGGCUACAGCGAAUGGAAGGCGCCUAUCGGGCACCGGAGGUUGGCGACGGCCGAAUAAGUCGGCGAAGCGAUGUCUGGUCAUUUGGGUGCAUAUUGGUGCGGGUUUUCGCAUUUAAGCUGGACGGGAUCCAGGGACUUCAGAGGUUGGAUGAACUCCGCCGGAUGAACGAUGACGGGGUUGGGCCUUAUUGCGAUGAUUACUUCGCUCGAGGAUCCCCGCUGGACGGCCAUGUCCUCAAUCCGCAUAUCGAGAACUGGAUCAGGAACCUACCAUAUCACCGUCGAGCUUACAGUGACGAGUUCCUUCGCAACUGUGCUGAAUUACUUUUGUCUACUCUGAAGAUUAACAAGACCGAUCGGCCGGAUGCAAAUAAAGUCAAAGAUGCCCUAGGGAGCCUCAAAGUUGCUCUUCACAGAGACCCCCGACCCUCGUCCUCGCUCGAGUCGAUUUCGGAACAUCGUUCCGAAGGACCAGAUCCCUUUCAAUCGCGAAGCUCGUCCGUGUCCGAUCAGCUGUCCCCGCCUAUAUUCAGUCCCGUUGUGGGCCUUGCCAUCAUGACGGAGGAUUUGGUUGAUGCGAUAAAGAGGAACGACCUAGGUGGCGUUGAGAGUGUUUUGGGUCCGAACAUAGAUAUUGACAAGCCCGAUAAAGACGGAAACACACCCCUAGGAAUUGCCGUCACUCUGCGAAACGAGACACUUGUUCGGCGUCUGCUCGAGGCCAACGCCAGUGUCGAUGCAAGGGAUGUAAAGGGUAAAACACCCCUGAUGAUAGCAGUACGCAACGGUCACAUUGAGAUGGCUCGAUUGCUAUUGGCGAUGGACGCAGAUUGUACGGUUUACUCGGAUGAGGGGCUCACGUGUCUUCAUUAUGCGACCCUGAAUAACGUCGAUGUGAGUCUUCUUCGACUGUUAAUCGAUCAACGAUUUCAGUCCGUCAGCGUCGACAUUCCGACGAAAGGGCCCGAGCAGGAGACACCCCUGAUGAUGCUAAUCAAGCACUUCGUUGAUAACGAUUCGUGGGAAGACAAGUUCAUGGCCUUAGUUGACGCCGGCGCAGACGUCAACCGACGCAAUGGAUUCCGAACAACGCCGCUGCGAUGUGCCGUGAGCGAGGGCUUUAUCAGAGCCGCCAAUUUGCUUAUUGAGAAUAAGGCUAAUUGGGAAGAUUUCUCUACAGUCCCCGGCAGAACACACGCCAUGAGCAGGUUACUGGAAGGGGCUUGGCCGUCACGACGGCAGAGUAUUCCUCGUGGUAUAUCGCGGUAUUUCUUUUGGAGGAGGAGCGGCCAUUAG